GACCCUCUGCUCCACAAGAAGCACGUGUGCGAAUGCGGCUGAGUAAACCUGGCGCAGUACCCUACUACAUAAACCUCUAGAGUUGGGAAAGGAUUGUGCAUCCACGCACAUGCAAGAUAAGCAUCCCUCUCAGAUGGCUCAAUUACCCUCAUUUCUUUCAGCCUCCUUCAUCUUUCUUUACCUAAUCAUCUGUCUUACAGCUGCCGACCCUGGUUCCCACUCGUCCAUUCAUACCCAGAAGAUUUACCAGUUUCCAAAUGGCACAUGGGUGGAAAACAUCGCCGUGCGCCGUAACGGGAAUCUACUCGUUACUCACGUCAAUGCGCCUCAGCUCUGGGAGAUCCAUGACCCGUCGUUAUCUCUCAGGCAAAACCCACAAGAAAACACCACCGCUAGUUUGAUCCAUACCUUUGGUAGUGCAGAGUUUUUGACAGGUAUCACCGAGAUGGAGCCGGAUGUUUUCAUCGUUGGCUCUCCGAAAACUCUCUGGCGUGUGGACUAUCGCAGAGCUACGCGCGGAGGACGACCAAGUAUCACCAAGAUCACCACUGUGCUCGGCGCCCUUAACAUGAAUGGUAUGACCACGUUGGACGUCGCCAAGGGGCUAGUGCUCACUGCUGACUCCAUGCUCGGUGUUAUAUGGAGAGUCAACGUCCGUACUGGCGAGAGCAGCAUCGUCCUGGAGGAUGAGCGUACCAUGACUGCUGAUACCUCUCUUGGGCCGCUUGUUGGUGUCAAUGGGGUUAAGAUCCAUGAAGAUUACGUCUAUUACAACAACGCCCCGCAACGACUGUACUGCCGCGUCAAAAUCAACCGUAAUACCGGUACUGCAGUCGGUCCUUACGAACUCAUCUCGGACGACACAAUGGCUGAUGACUUUGUUCUUGACCGCUCUGGCGUUGGCUAUCUCGCAGGCCUCAUAGACAAUGUUGUCACCCUGGUUCAUCCAAAUGGGACGCAUCGUGUCAUUGCAGGCGCUCAGAACUCCACCGAGUUCGCCAUGGCAACAGCAGCUGCUUUUGGACGAACCAGACUAGAUCACAAGGUCUUGUACGUAACAACGGGAGGUGCACUUGGGACACCUGUCACGGAGACCGGCUUUGAAGGUGGGAAGAUUGUGGCUAUCAAGCUUUAACUAUGUCAAUAGUAUCAUUACCGCUGAAACAC